AUGUUUAAACUAAUUGUAUCAAGCGUCUGUGCCAUCGCUUUAGUCGGCACCUCUGCUGCCGCCAGAGGCGAAGAUGUAGACUUUAAAAUACCUAUUGUGCAGAGUCCUGUACAUCCUGAAUUCUCCUUAGUCGAAGUAGUUAAGGAAAUCGUUGAGGAUGCGACGUGCUAUGAAGACAGACAGAAGAACGUUCUAGUGGCAUGUGUCAGUGGUGCCAUUCUAAAGAUGGUUACUUCAUUGCCUAAUGUUCACUUUCUUGUUGAGUCAGCAGCUGAGGAAUUAAUCUCGGCGACGGCGGGGUGUAUUGAGACCAGCCCUGAAAACUCAGCCUUCCUACUGUGCACCACGAGCGAGUCCAAAAAAGGAUCCCUGCUGAUUCCUCUAGCUGACUGCAACCUGGACGAUGUCAGAAGGAGACGCAAAUGCGUAGAGACUGUCCUUACCGUGAAUAUGCAGUUAUGGACAAGCAAUCCGCAAUAUAAAUUUGAGUUUCUUAUUUUAGUUUCAUUCCAAUACAUCCUUUGCUAUCUGAAAUUUCUUCCAUAA